CGAUAAGAAAUCCGCUGGCAGUUUAAAUACGAAAUAUCUUCGAGAAGUUACUUUGGCGUCGUAUCUUUGGUCGUAAUUAUUAUUCUCCGGUUUUAUCGUGUCUUGAUGUGUAAUUUAGAGUCGUUUGUGCAUCGACCAUUUGGAAAAAACGUAAACUUUCCAUUCCGACCCAGUAGUUGAUAAAAAGAUUUUCGCGAGAGCAGAUAGCUAAAAAUACAUUUGAAAAAAAAAAUACCGAACAGGAAAAGUAGUGACUUUGCAUAAUUAAAGUAUAAAUAGCAGCGUGUCGCUUUCUAAUUUCGUAUAAUUGGAAAUACAAUUCACUAACGAAGUGCGUUCAGCCCCCAACGGAGCUUUCAAACAAUAUUAUCCAAAGCUUUUUUUUACAAAUCGACAAUCCAACUUGAAUUUUAUUGAGUUCAACAAAAAAAACUGAACGAAACGAAACAUAAAAAUAAAAACAGAAAAACUUCAACGGCAAAUGUGAAUUGAGCAAAUAAAAUUGGAAAAACAGAAUCGUUUCGAGUGUUGCACACUGCAGUGACAAGCGUGUAUAUAAAGGAAGAACGAAAACACUUAAUAUCAAUCGUUUGUUCGUAAUAAUAAUCCGAGUGAAAAGAGUUGUCUUGAACGAAAAAUUCUAUUUGGAAAGAAAAAGGGAAAAUUUCUGCAUCCAGAAUGAGGGCGUUAAUUGCUUUCCUAGCAAUAUUCCUGCUUUGCUUUGAUUUAUCUAAUGCACGUGCCAACGGUGAUACCGGUGCACAUCGUACUCCAUCCCAAAUCGUCAUGGAUUCGGUUCCAAUCGCUGACAGACCAAACUUUGUUGCCUAUCACAUUUCGAUAGCCUUAAACGAAAGAAGUCGAGACGAUGUCGUUUUCAAGCCAGUUCUCGAAACAAUACCAUCCGAAAAACGUGCAGAAUUUUCGAGAAUUUCAACUCCACCGAACUUUUCCACUAAUUUACUAGAUUGGACCGAAUUGGAAUUGGUGCCAUUUAAGAACGGCAACCAGGGUAUACCGGGCGAAUUGUUGGGUGUUAAAGCUGCGGCUCAUGGUGCUGAGGUGAUGAAUGUCUGCUUCCCCAACGGAUGUGUUGAUCCAAAUGAUGCUGGAUAUUUGUGUUGUCCAUUCUAAACCAUUUUACUGAAUAAAUAACCUUAAUGCACACACACAC